AUGCGACUUUCCCAGCAACUCACUCAGCAAAUCAGCAUAUUCCAGAGCCCACGAUUUCCAAGUCCCAGCAUGUUCUUUCCUCCACUGGUCUAUAGAUCCUCCAUCGAGAGAGUGCAAGCAGAGAUCGACACGGUGAUUGGCCAGUCCCGCCAGCCAGCCGUGGACGACAGAGACAACAUGCCAUACACCAACGCAGUUGUGCAUGAAAUUCAAAGGAUGGGCAACAUUGUACCUUUUAAUUUGCCGCGACUGACAACCAGCGACACAACGCUGGCUGGAUUCCAUCUGCCCAAGGGUACCGUUCUGAUCUCCAGUUUAACAACAGUGUUGAAUGACAAGAACAAGUGGGAAACUCCUGAUGUCUUUAACCCUGAGCACUUUCUGCAGGAUGGCCAGUUCAGGAAGAAAGAGGCUUUCCUGCCCUUCUCGGCAGGGAAAAGGGUUUGCCUGGGAGAGACGCUGGCUAGAAUGGAGUUGUUCCUGUUCUUCACCGCCCUUUUCCAGAGGUUCAUGUUCCAGUCACUGAAGGACAUGAAGCUCAACCUCCAGGUCAAAAUGGGACUCACCACAAGUCCUCAUCCAUACAAGAUCUGUGCUCUGCCGCGCUAGGGAGAGCUGGCAAGAUUUUGCCCCAUUUCUCAGAAUUGCUGAGCUUUAUGGUAGGUGAUGCUUUGAGCACUGUGCACACAUCCCCAAAUGUCUCUGCCUCCUCCAUUCCUGUGUCCCAUUGAAGCACUGCUAAUGGGAUGGCUACAGCUGAAAGAACGGAUCCACUUGCUCGGAGACCUACUGCAAUCAGGUAGCCCAGGACUUCAGGCUGUCUUUGAGAGCUGCAUAUUUCAUGACUUUUUUGUUUCAAAAGAAGCACAUUUUUGUUUCAUUCAAAUGUGUUCAUGAAGUAUUCAGCUUUUUAAUUAAAGCUUUGUCAUAGCUUCAUAGAUUGUAAGGCUGGAAGAAACCUCGGAGGAUCAUCGGGUCCAGCCCUUCCAAAUUCUCUUUUAGAAAAUUUAAUCCCAGGGAUCAGAAAUAAGCAGGCAUCUUGUUAUUUAACAUUUUCUGCUCAUAAAAGUCUGGGAGGGAGACUUAAAAGAGGGAGAGAAAGUGAGCAAAGGAAGAAAAAAAAUCUAGAUUCAAUAUUUUUCUAUAUUCGGAUGGGAACUAUUUUCAUUUUUGUGAGAAAUAAUUGUUUAAAAAGCCGAUGAGGAAAAACCCAUGCCUAAGCCACCUUGUCUCUCUUCUGCCCUCCACUCCUCUCACAUUUCUACUACUGAAAAAUGGACUUUGAGCUCACUAAGCAGUGCUAGUCAGCAUGGGCUGAAAACAACUGCAAUGAGAAACUUGAUUCCCGGCUUUAAAACAGCAUAGCAGCACAAGUGAAAUCCCUUGAUGACCUGGCAUUGAAUUGUUAAUUGCUGUCCUGAGUUCAAAUGACCAGUGUCUUGUUUUAGCUAUUUAAAAUGAAGUGAGUUAACUUAGGUUAGCUCAAGUUAGAAAACACAUCUUCUAACUUGGGUUAGAAAACACAUCUCUUAUUCAUAGUGUAGCCAUAGCAAGGAAGGCUAAGUUGGGGUAUUGUUCAAACAGCUUUUCUUGUAUGUCUUCUUUAAUAUUUUAUUUGCUUUUAUAAGUUAAUUUGUCUUUUAUUGUAAGCUUGCAUUCUCAUACAGUUACUUGCAUGAGUAAUUGCAGAGAAAAGUGCAUCUAUUCCACUCUGCCAAACUUCCACGGGGCGACUCCAUACGAGCCUGCAUAACCUGUUGCAUGAAACCAUCUGGUCGGCUGCACGUGAUGGAGAUUGUCCCUUAAUUAGAGAGCUGCUAGCUUUCUAGUAAAAUAGAGACCACGGGUCUACCAAGGCUCCCUAUUACUCCACAAUAAAGUUCAUAGUUAAGUUCUUUUCAUU